AUGUCUAGCUCAUUAGGAUCUAUAAAUAAUUUAACUGAAGAAGAAACUAAAAAUCUAUCUGAAGAACAAAAUAGAAAUACAAGUGAACAACAAAAUUUAGAUUGGGUUAAUAAAUGUUGUUGUACAUGGAGAAUAAAAUUUGAAAAUAAUACGAGUAAUUUAGAUCAUUCUGAUAUUAAUAUUAAUGAACAAUCACAAAGAGUAUUGGAAUUUCGAGAUAGUAUAUUAAAUCAGGUAGACAAUAUUAUAUCAGGAUAUAGAAGACAAAGUAUAUUAGAUUCUAUAUCAGAAUUUGAAGAUAAAUUAUUAACAAUUGGUAUUGGAGAUGAUAAAUAUUAUAAUAGUAGUGAUUCUGAAAAUUCAGAUUUAGAGGAACAAUAUUUAAGAGGGUAUUCAGAUUUUAUUAAAAAACCAAACUCUAUAAUAGAUAAUAAUAGAAGAGUAACAUCACCACAAUACAUUUCUAAUAAUAAAGUUGAUAUUAAAGAAAAUAAAGAAAAUGAUUAA